GUCCUUUUUCGACCUUUUGCUUUCUCAGUAUUCUUCCCUCCCAUUUCUUCUUCUUUCCCUCGCAGGGAUCUCUGACCUAAUUGUCUCUUCAUUAUCCAUUCUCACUCCUCCUCAUCAAAAUAUACCUCCAAAUUCAUUCAAGAUCCGUAUAUUAGAUCUGAAUCACUGAUUCAAGUUUGGACCAAAGACUGAAUAUGAGCAAUCCAGCAGGACAAUUCGGAGACACGACUUACACCAAAGUUUUUGUUGGUGGAUUGGCAUGGGAGACUCAAAAGGACACCAUGAAGAAAUACUUUGAACAGUUCGGCGAGAUCUUGGAAGCUGUCGUCAUCACUGACAAAACUACUGGAAGAUCCAAGGGUUAUGGAUUUGUAACUUUUCGCGAAGCCGAAGCAGCGAUGAGAGCUUGUGUCGAUGCUAGUCCAGUGAUUGAUGGAAGAAGGGCUAAUUGUAAUCUUGCUUCCUUGGGUGUUCAAAGAUCCAAGCCUUCCACGCCAAAGCACGGUCCGUAUAUGUUAUUUACUUUUUUACUAAGAGCACGUUUAGCUUUAAAAAGUGAAAUAAUUCAUCUUCUACUUUAGAUCAGAGAUUGAUAG